AUGGCAAGUUUGGGGAGCUUGCCUAAGGAGCUUUUGCUCCACGUACUGUCAUUUCUUGAGCCACCAGAACUUGUCCCCGUCCAACGCGUCUCCCGCGAGUUCAGCAAAAUUGCUCGUGAUGAUGUCGUCUGGCGCGCAAGAUGUUUGCGAGACUCGUCCUAUCUCUCUUCGCUACGUAGUCGUCUUCGGCUGCAAAAUCUCAACUUUGCCCUCCUCCAAGCCGCCAACGGUGUGAGGGCUCCGUCAGAGGAAACUGGAGAGGCAAAUGAAGACUCUUGGAUAAAGUGCAUCUCUGGCUUAGAAGUAGACGGGGACCGCCUCAGCAGUUCGCAACGUCUAGAGAGAGAACGAGUUCGCAUCACGGCCAAUUGGGACCCAAUCUUCCCUGAUGAGCAGGUCUCUUGGUAUGAUGAAUACAUACGCCGGCAAGGCCCGAUAGUCGUAUCGUGGUUUCAGACGCCAUACGCUCAUGGCACUGGAACCAAGUCCAGGUCAGCAGCCGAUUUUGUGGAGACCAGGGGGGUAACUUUGUACUAUCCCGACGGCGAAGAACGUCUGGACGGAAAGGUACUGGCAGUCUCUCCCCUAGAUGAUGGGAGUGUCUGCCUCUGGCAUGUCAGUGGCGGUUCUGCCACGAAAAGAGGUGCCAUUGUUGCUCGUAGCCGACCGGGCAUCUUGUUUGCCGGUCCCAAGACCAGAUCUAAUCAGAUAGAUUCUGGCGUCACUGAGUGUGUGAGCGUGGAUAGCCAGAGACACAGGGCAUUUUUUGCGGUACAGCAAAACCUUAUCGAGGUCGACUUACCCACACUGUCAGUCAUACACCGUGAGACAUUCCCGUGGUCUAUCGCGACUUUAUCAGCCGCCAACUCGGCCGUUCCUCUCACUGUCGGCACAAGCCUCGGCCUUCACCUUCAUGACUACCGAUCUAGAAGCCCCCCUCGAGCCGAUAUUGUUGACACGAUAGAUGCCUUUGACGGGACGAAAGUACAACUCGAAGACAUCAGCCAAGAUCCAUACCGACAGCUAUUUGACGACUCGCCUCUACCCCCUUACGUCCCCCUUGCACAGCCAGGGCCUGUGAGUAUCCUUCACCUCCCAGUAGAAGGCCAGCCCAGCAGCCUAUCCGACGACAUCUACGUCGCCGGUCGCUUCAAGAGCAUCCUGCAUUACGACCGCCGCCAAUUUUCCCGCAUCAAAGGAACAGUCUACUCGGGCGCCAAUCUCUGCAGCAUGACAUCGCUACCCUACCCCUUUUCCUACGAAGACUCUCAAGCCCGCCGCCAGGCACGCCUCUCGUUGGAGCAAGUGGAAAAGUCCAAAUCUGCCCCGGGAAGAACCCUCAUCGCAUGCGGCGAGUACAAGUCAAAGGGAUCUCUGGAGCUUUACGGCCUGCCACCUGUGGGAGAGCCGGCCAGAAACCGGCAGACAUGUGCCCGCUCUAAACUAAUGUCCGUCGUCAACCACGGCUCUUGCCUCGCCGUGGCAGACGGCAUGGGGUACGUCAAGUGGUUCGAACGCGACGGCUUCACCGAGGUGCGCCGGCACAGAAUCGGACACAGCGAGAGAACGGAGGGACCGUCAAUUUUUGCCUCGAUGCCUGGCUCGGGCGACCUGGCGCGGAAGCUGCUUGCAACAAGGGCCGCGGCUUUGUCCAGUAGUGGCGAAGCCCAGGUCAAUAACAAUGACUUGGUUUUCUGGACGGGGGAGAAGCUGGGGCUGCUGAGUUUUUCCAGCCAGCCUGGGUUUGGGUCUAGUGAUUUUGAAAAGGGGGAAGAGCAGUCUGCGACCCCAGAGGAGCUGCAGCUGGAGGCUCAGGAGCAGGCGUAUAGCCAGAAGAUGCGGGAGGCGCUGCUGCGGCACGCAAACGAUGUCCGCUUGGCUAAUUACCUGGGGGGGCCUUCGCGGGGAUUUCAAUGA